AUGGGCUCGGAGGAUGUCAACUAUUUAUCCGAACUGACUGUUAAAGCAACAAGAAACUUGAAGAGAGCCUUCAUUUAUGCUGCCUCAAGAGUUCGACUCAAUGACAAGCUUCAUCGAAUCAUUAGUCGGAAGAUAUACAAGCAGGACCGUGAAAAGUCAAUCCUGUACACACUGGGUGUUUGCGUGCGAGUUUUGUUGAGCGUAUUCGGGGCUCGACUCGCCACAGAAGUUGGGUACUUGGUUGCCGCAGUGCUUUCCCGUGUAAACGAAAAGCAUUGGGCUUCAUUUCGAAGGACAGCGGCAAAGUACAUUCUGUCUAUCACUACACGUCUGGGGCUUCACGUUGAGCUCGUAGCCCAUCUCUUGCCGUACCAUACAGACAGAGCGCGAUCUCUCGCACUUGACGUUGGAUUUCUAUCGUUGAUGCAAUGGUCCUGCGGUCCGGGUGAUUCUCCAAAAACAAGAGAGAUUCAUGCUUGGGAACCUAGCUCGAGCGCGAAAGCUGCUGGGGUCGGGGUGAUUUCAUUCUGCCUCGCUGAUCUGGCUGAUUUGGCAAAGCACAUUCCGGACUUUCAGAAAACGACAAAUGUUGAGUGGGCAUGUGGCAUUGCAAGAAUGCUGAAGCAAAUUCUAGCGGACCAGACUACGCUAGAGCGACGAGAUAACGGUGAGCUGAACGCAAUUCAUCAGUCUUUGACAAAACUCCGAUCUUGCGCACACCGUCUAGAGUUCGGGCUUGCCGUGCAAGAAAUGCGACUUGCCCUGGAUGCGUUGCUGCUUGCACUUCGCGAGUUGGUGGGAAAGACAAGAUCGGGAAUAUCUGAAAUAUCUCCAAAAGCCCGCUUUGAGAAAGUGCAAACUCAUCUGUAG